UUGUCCUAACCUGACCCAGGCAAAUGGGUAGUGCAGUGCAAACACUUUCCACUAGCAAACCAUUCAGCAUUUUCUAAACAGCUAAAACAAUACAGUGAGCCUCACAAUAAGGCCAGCUUUCACACUGACAGCAGGGACAGCUCUGGAGAAGGGUGGUGCUACAACAGGCAACAUACAAUAGAGAUUGCGCCGAUAGAUAUAUACAGCUUUCUAUGUGGUGUGCUGUUCCAGGAGAGCUCCCAUUCACCCAGGGACUUGGGCUCAGCACACACACCUGCUGCAAAUGAAUUCUUCAUAAGGCACACAGACGUCAGUGAGAGACUGGAGCAGAACCAGACAGUGACUGUGCUGCAGGCUCAGGAGUACCAUGCUGCCCCGCUGUGCAUUCAGUGUGUGCCAUGUGUUUAUGUUGGUGCUGUGUCUGUCUUCGGCUGAGGACUUCGACUGGACAAAGAACGACCACAGCUCCUUCUAUUAUGGCACUUUUCCAGCUGGAUUUUCGUGGGGUGCCGGCAGUUCAGCCUAUCAGACAGAAGGAGCCUGGGACAAAGAUGGAAAAGGACUGAGCAUCUGGGACGUGUUCAGUCAUAAGAAAGGCAGAAUACAACAAAAUGACACUGGGGAUUCCUCUUGUGAGGGCUACCACAAAGUCAAGGAUGAUGUUUCUUUGAUGCAGGAGCUGAAGCUUAACCACUAUCGCUUCUCCAUAUCCUGGCCAAGAAUCAUCCCCACAGGCAUAAAGUCCGACCAUGUAAAUGAAAAAGGAGUACAGUACUAUGACGACCUGAUCAACCACCUGCUGGAGAACAAGAUCACCCCUGUUGUUACUCUCUACCACUGGGAUCUUCCACAGGUCUUGCAAGAGAAAUAUGGUGGAUGGCAGAAUAUAAGCAUGGUCAAUUAUUUCAAUGAAUUUGCCAACCUGUGCUUUGAAAGAUUCGGCAACCGAGUCAAGUACUGGAUCACGUUCAACAAUCCAUGGUCUAUAGCAGUUGAAGGCUAUGAGACAGGUGAGCACGCUCCCGGGCUGAAGCUGAGAGGAACGGGGGCGUACAGGGCUGCACAUCACAUAAUCAAGGCACAUGCUAAAGUUUGGCACAGUUAUGAUACACAGUGGAGGGGAAAACAAAAAGGCUUGAUUGGCAUCUCUCUGUCUGGAGACUGGGGAGAGCCGGUGGAUAUCAGCAACCAGAAAGACAUUGAAGCAGCUGAGAGAUAUGUCCAGUUCUACAUGGGCUGGUUCGCCACACCCAUCUUUCAUGGAGACUACCCUCAAGUGAUGAAAGACUUCAUUGGGAGGAAGAGUGUCCAACAGGGCCUCGGGACGUCUCGCCUGCCCACAUUUUCCCCCCAAGAGAAGAGCUACAUCAAAGGGACCUGUGACUUCCUCGGCAUCGGUCAUUUCACCACCCGCUACAUCACCCAAAAGAACAACCCUUCAGGUCGUAGUAGCAGCAGCUACUUCACUGACCGUGACCUGGCUGAGCUGGUAGACCCACGAUGGCCUGAUCCCGGGUCUGAGUGGCUCUACUCUGUGCCCUGGGGCUUCAGACGUCUGCUCAAUUUUGUCAAGACUCAGUAUGGAAACCCAAUGGUUUAUGUGACCGAGAAUGGAGUCUCUGAGAAGAUGCUGUGCACAGAGCUGUGUGAUGACUGGAGGAUACAGUAUUACAAAGACUACAUCAAUGAGAUGCUGAAAGCUAUCAAAGACGGAGUCAAUGUAAAGGGCUACACUGCAUGGUCCCUGCUGGACAAGUUUGAGUGGGAUGAAGGCUACUCCGAGAGGUUCGGCCUGUACUACGUGGACUUCAGAAACAAAAACAAGCCUCGCUAUCCUAAAGCUUCUGUUCAGUUUUACAAACGCAUCAUCAGCUCCAAUGGAUUUCCCAAUCAGAGAGAGGUUGAGAGCUGGCGGAGGAAGGCUAUCGAGACCUGCUCUUCUAGCAACCAGCUCCUUGCUGCAGAGGAACAGCGGAGUACUGCUGCCAAUAUUCUAAGACUUAUACAUGACCCUUUGACCAGCCACAUGGAGAUGGUAACUGAGAUCGUUGUUCCCACUGUGUGCACACUCUCUAUUUUGCUCAGUGCCGUCUUCCUCAUGUUCCUGCUGCGAAGGCGGAACUAGAAAGGAGCUCUCACAGUGUGCAUGUUUACACACACACAAGCAUCAACACACACAUACACACAGGCUACAUACACACACACUCAUAUUCUAAGUGCAUCCUUUCUUUAAUGGAUCAUGUUUGAACAUAAAUACAUUAUUUGAACUGAAUUUCACGAGAAUUAGUGACUUCAUUAAUUUGAUGUGCAUACAGUGUUUGCUGUAAAAACAUUGGUUUAGCCUAAAAAAAUGAAUUUAGGACACUCAAACAGUGUGGACAGCCCUUCAACAUGUUGGAUUUUAAAACAUUGCUGUGGAAUAUUACCAUUGCAAACCACCCUUGUGAGCAACUGUACUUUGUUUUUUCAUUUGGUUUCAACUAGGAGUUGUUUCAGGAGAAGAUUCAGCAAAUGUGAUAAUAAAGAUGCAAUUAGAAAACCUAUGACAUCGUUACAGAACAUACAUACAGAGGACUGAAAGUUCAUUUAAAACAUCUGACAAAAAUACAGUAUAAUACCAGAACACUCUAUAGUUGUACAUGUACACUUUGUGAUGCAAAACAAGGUCAUCUGGCUAGGUCCUAAUUUUAAAACAUGUUAAUUCCUGAUGAGAAUAUCAAAAAUGACAAUAAACACCU